AUGAGUAAAGGGGCAUCCAAAACCUAUGGCCUGGCCAACCUUGCCUGUUGUCCCAACCACCUCAAUGAUCAAACUGAGCCACUAUGGUCUCUAUCCGCGUGCUGCGAGUCCCCCUUUUCCACGACCCCUCCCGAGCACCCUGACGCCCCACCUCAUCCCAUGCGGAUCCGGGGUGUCCUCCGCUCUCAUUUGACCCAAGAGGCCCUCUCGUGCCCGCGGGCACUGGCAACGGAGCCCGCACAGACGCCCAAUCUUACCCUUUCUCUCCCAGAAGGGCCCCAUCGCGCCGUCCAGGAGGAGGCAUCCACGCGCGCCCGGGAGGCCGGGGCCCGGCUGGGCCGGGGUCGGGCGCGCACGGGACCCGGCGGCGCCGCCGGUGCGCGCUCAGGCUCCGGGAGCCCGGCCCGGCCCGCUCCGCCCGCGCCAGCCCGGGCGGGACACGUGGUGCCUCGGCCGCCCGCGCUCUGGGCGCCCGCGGCCUCUGGGCCUCGGCAGCCUGCUCGGCCGCAGCAGGGGCUGCGGACGCUGCGGGGAGAAAGGCGGAGACCGAAAGGGCGGGCUCCGGGAGGUGGGGCGCCGCGACGUGGGCGCCGUGAGGGCCGCACGCGGGGGGCACCGGGGGCCUGCUUCCGGGGCUCGCGACCCGCGGGCUCCGUCCGGGUCUCUGGAGAGCAGCGGGUUGCGCCGCAGGCUGUUUCCCGGGGCCGCUCGGGGCGGGGGCGCCGCACUGCAGAGGCUCCGGGUCGCCGCCCGUUGAGGGAAACGGUGGGGGUCCGGAGCGUCUGCUUGCACAACCCCCUUCUCGGGCCCGCCGGGAUCCCGGAGCGGCUGCGGGUCUGGGGCCGGCGUCCGCCUCGCGGUCUUCACUCACCGCUGAAAACGAAUACCCUGUCCGCGCGUGGAGAUGCAAAGCACUGAAAACCGCAGCGGGGACCCGAGUUGCCCUUUAGGACAGACUGUCGCUCCCUGGGAAGAUUCCUCUCGCGACCACAGCCUGUUGUCUGGGGACAGCUAAGGAGAACACUGCCCAAAACUGGACCUGAAGCCACAAGCUCUUUCCAACUUCACCAGUGACCUUGGACGCCUCUGCUAAACAAGGUCAUCUUCAUCAAGAACUUUCUACCUGCCUCAGGUCUUGGAAGAGCCAAUCACUGCCCAUUUAUAUGUGUUACCCAGUGAGCUGUGCACUAUUAUCAUCCUCUUUUUACAGAUGAAGAAAUUGAGGUCCAAGGAUGAUUAAUAAAGUUCUGGCCAGCUGUGUUCUGGCCAGCUGUAUGACCUUGGACAAGAUACUGAACUUGGCUAAGUGGAUUGUCCUCAUCUAUAAAACGAGGACAUACUUUGCUGUCUGCCAGAAGACUUCAAGGCUUGAAUGAGGCAGCAUCUGUGGAGCUCUCUGUGAACUGCAAAGUCUCUUGUACUGUAAAGUGUUAAUGAACUGCCCAUUCUACUCCCUAAUGUAUGUACUUUUACCGCUGGUUGUGAUGUCACACAAUCCACUAUCUCAGAUAGGCUUCCAUUAUUUCUUUAAUGCACUGCACAGCCCAACAUCUGUCCCUGGCUUCUUCGUGUCUUCCUGGAGGGCAGAUCUCUUUAGUCUGCUCCUGGCUAAAGGCUAUCAUCAGAGAAAGUACAACUUGCUUUUUCUGAAACCAAAGACAUUUCAGCUUUGAAUUCCUAGUCAUUAUGCUAUUUAUUGAUUGUGCACAUGUUUAUUGUGCCUAUUCUGUCAGACCCUGUUCUCAGCACUGAGAUUUGGUCACCUGAUGGAUGUCUUCUGUUUGCCCCUGCAGAUCUGGACUCCAGCCUUCUCCAGUCUGCUCUUUACCCCCAGAGGCUGAUCUGUGGGGACUGCUGGCUCCCUUUAGUGUUCAGUUCCAGAAAGGGUCAGCAGGCAGUUGAAGGGAUGGUUGGAGGGAGGGAGUUAAGGCAUGUAUUUUCCAGGCUCCCUUCUAAAGAGAGACCGUGGGCCAGCAGUACCCUUCCACUAUAGGUCCUCUCUCUUGUUGUUGGUCCUUUCCAACAGCCUCUCAUUCUCUGGGCUCCAGUGCCCUUUAGGCCGAGAAGUGACUCAGGCCCUGAGUGCUGCACUGCUCCUGUGCAACAGAAGUCAUGCAGUAGUCCCUUGGUAAAUGGUCUCUUAUUAAACUUUCUCCAGCUACUCAUCUGCUUCCUGCUGGGGCCCUGGUAGAUUUAAGCAAUAAACAAGAUGUAGAAGACCUUGCUCUUUAUGGGACUUACAUCCUAUAGGGGAAGAUAGAUAAUUAACAAACAACAAUAAGCAAAAUCAUAAUCAUAAUAAAUAGUGAUAUUACCUUUGUGAAAAGAAAAGUUUAUUUGAUAGAAAGAAUCUAGGGUGUUGGGCAAGGUACAACGUUAGACAGGGUAGCAGGAAAAACUUUUAAAAAUUUUUCUUCAAUGUUUAUUUUUGAGAGAGAGAGAGAGAGA